AUGGGUUCUGAAUAUAUUUUCAACAGAAUCUGUAACGAUACCGAUAAGAAGAACGGAGACAAAGCAAGCGAAUUGUUACAAAGAGCAAACUAUAUAAAAGAUGUUAAUGGCUUGUAUAACUUCCUUCCCCUUGGAUAUAAGUCAAUCGAAAAGCUCAUAAACUUUCUGAACAGCCACUUGAAGAGAGUCAAUUCGCAUUGUCUUUUUAUGUCCAUUCUGCAAGCCAAGAAAUGGUGGAAUAUUUCAGACCGCUCAAAACUGUAUAGCGAUGAAUUUUUAUAUGUGUACAAACAAAAGCAGCAAAAAGGGGACAUCAACAAGGUUAAUGAAUCUGUAAUGACGAAAAAAAAAAUGGAAGAUGAUGGACUUAUCCUGAGCCCCACAUGUGAAGAACAGGCAAUCUCAUUAAUCAACCAAGUGUACAAUGAAAACAUACCAGCCAAAUCACUUCCUUUGCUAAUCCAUCAGUUUAAUUAUAAAUUCAGAAAUGAAAAGAGGUUAGAAAAAACGCUGUUCAAAAGUAAAGAGUUUUUGAUGAAGGAUGGCUACUCCUUUCACAGCAGUGACAUUUGUCUGAGUGAAACUUAUGAAGCAUAUAAAGAAUGUUAUGAAAAAGUAUUUUCCGAUUUGAAGUUGCCAUUUAAGGUUACAAAAAAAAGGAAAGUGGAUAAAAUGAAUGCACUGGAAAGUCACGAAUUUCAAGUGCUCUGCCGAGAUGGCAAGUAUAAAGAAGCUGCACACAUUUUUAAAUUAGGAGAUUACUACUCCAAGAAAUUGGGCAUAAAAUACUUAAACAAACGGAAUGAAAAAAAUAAUAUUCUUAUGGGUUCCUACGGAAUUGGCAUUUACAGACUGCUGUACUUUUUGGUCGACUCCUUUUACGAUGACGAGGGUAUUCGGCUGCCUGAGCAGAUCGCGCCCUUCUCUGUCUACCUCAUUCAGACCAAUCAGAGGAGUAAGUACUGCGCGGCCAAAGUUGCGAAAAUUGUGAAAAUGGCCAAAGUGACCGACGCGGCAGAGGCGAUGAACGUGUCCAACGCCACGAAGGCCCCCCUCAACAGCAACGACGUCGAGUACGUCCUCACGCUGUGGCUCUACAACACGUUUAAAAACAGCAACGUUGACAUAUACUACGACGACACAGAUUUACACCUGUCACGGAAGCUGAAAAAUUGCGACUUGAUAGGAGUCCCCAACCGAAUUAUAAUAAACCUGAACAGCGAGCAAAAAAAGAUAAAGCUCCCCCCAGAUUUUUAUAACUAUAUGGAUACACCGAAUGCUAUUCUGUCCAAUAAGCUCUACAUGACCUUUCAGGACGUCACUGUGGAGUACAAAAGUCGAUUUUCCCCGGAAAAAAAAAUUAUGACAAUUCAUCAGUUGUUCAAACAAUUCGGGCUCAUUUAG